GAAGGACGCUGGUGCUGUCCUUUCACACGCUCGCUUCUGGUAUAUAUGGCUGACGGGCGCGUCGUUCUGGCGCAGUUGACAGUUGGUACCGUCCAAAGUCCACACUGCAGCCAUGAAACUCCUGAUCGUGUUGAGCACCGUCCUGGCCGCUGCUGUAGCCGCCCCCAAGCCCGGCUACCUGGGCGCCGCCCACGGCGUCGUCGCCGCCGCCCCGGCUGUGCUCGCCGCCCCAGCAGUGAUCGCCGCCCACGCCGUGCACCCUGGCUACGCCGCCUACGGCCCGGCCCACAUUGCCGUCCGCUCUGACGGCUACCUGCUGGACACCCCUGACGUCGCUGCCACGAGGGCCGCCCACCUGACCGCCGUCGCCCAGACGCAGGUCCGCGACGCCCACAUCAAUGGCGCUGCCGCCCACGCCGCCCUCGCAGCCCCCGCUCUGCUCGGAGCGCACGGACUGGCGUAUGGACACGGUCUUGCGUACGGACAUGGAUAUCAUGGUUGACAUUAUGGAUGGAAAACACUAGCUGUUAUGUGAUAUAAUUUCUAUAUUUAUAUACAAAAUAGCGUGCAAAUGACAA